AUGGUGUCUCAUAAAAUCCAUAAAGAUCUAGCUCAUUGCUUUGCAGAAGAAGUUACUCAGUCUAUUAUUCAAGAGGUUGAUCAUGGUGUAUUUUGCUUGCUGGUGGAUGAGUCUGCAGAUGUUUCUACUAAAGAGCAAGUGGCAGUGGUUUUUCGUUUUGUUGAUAAAAAGGGGAUAGUCAAAGAAAGAUUUACUGGUAUUAUUCAUGUUCAAGAAACUUCUUCUGCAUCUCUAAAAUGUGCUAUCGAUUCAUUUUUUGCAAAACAUGGAUUAAGUAUGAAAAAGCUAAGAGGACAGGGUUAUGAUGGAGCUAGCAAUAUGAAAGGUGAAUUCAAUGGGUUGAGAUCUUUAAUUCUAAGAGAAAAUAGUUCUGCAUAUUAUGUUCACUGCUUUGCUCAUCAGCUUCAGUUGGUUGUCGUGGGAGUUGCUAAAAAACAUUUUGAAGUUAGUGAUUUCUUUGAUAAGAUUUAUGUUUUGUUAAAUGUGGUUGGAGCUUCUUGUAAGAGAAAAGAUAAGAUUCGAGAAGAUCAACGUAAGAUAAUCGAGGAAGGAGUUAGGGAGGGUAAAAUUAAGACAGGAAAAGGACUAAAUCAGGAGUGUUCUCUUCAAAGGCCUGGUAAUACUCGUUGGGGUUCUCACUACAAAACCUUAUUGAGAUUGGCUGAUUUAUUCACUUCCAUCAUUAAAGUGCUUGAGUAUGUCGAAAGUGAUGGGUUAGAUGGUUUCAAAAGAUGUCAAGCUAAUGGUCUUCUCAAAUACUUUCACACGUUCGAUUUUGUGUUCUACUUACAGUUGAUGUUGCUUCUUCUUGGUCUCACACAUAAUCUAUCAAAGGCUUUACAAAGAAAAGAUCAGGACAUCUUGAAUGCAAUGUCUCUAGUGAAAUCUACCAAGCAACAAUUGUGCAAGCUCAGAGAAAAUGGAUGGGAUUCAAUCAUUGGAAAGGUGAACUCUUUUUGCAAGAACAAUAACACAGAGUUAUUUAUUAUGGAAGAAGAAUUUGUUAAUCCAAAGAGGCCAAGACAAAGAAGCAACAUAACAAACUUGCAUCAUUAUCAAGUUGAAUGUUUUUACACUGUAUUGGAUAUGCAGAUUCAAGAGUUCAAUGAUCGUUUUGACGAGAUAAACACUGAAUUGCUUGGUUGUACUGCAUCUUUGAGCCCCACUGAUUCAUUCCACCAGUUUGAUCAAUCAAAACUUGUACGGUUGUCAGAGUUUUAUCCUGAAGAUUUUAGUUCUAUGGAACGAAUAUCUUUUGGGCAUCAACUUGGUAUUUACAUCGACAAUAUCUCUGAAGAUCAAAGGUUUGCUAAUUUGGAGGGUCUUGGAGAUCUUGCACGUGUGAUGGUGGAGACCAAAAAACAUCUUUCACAUCCUCUUGUUUAUCGACUUUUGAAGCUAGUUUUGACUUUACCUGUUGCCACCACUACAGUCGAGAGAUCUUUCUCUGCGAUGAAAAUUGUGAAAACUACCUUGCGCAACCGAAUGGGUGAUGAAUUUCUGAACGAUUGCAUGGUUUGCUAUACUGAAAAAGAGCACUUUGACGAAGUGACUAACGAUAUGGUGAUAAAAAGAUUCCAAGAUAUGAAAGAUCGAAGAAUGACUUUAUAA